AUGGCCAUGCCCGGUGGCGGCUACGGCGGGUAUGGCGGGGGCGAUGGCUACAAUCACGCUGGUAGCAAUGGCGUACACAGCAGCAACAACGGGGGUCACCACACCUACGGUGGCAAGGGGGGCGUGGGCAUGAUGGACGGAAGACAUCAGGAGGAGGAGGAGGAAGAGGAGGACCUGAGCGGCUUGGAGGCGCUCGUGCUUCAGCUAGAGAACGAAAAACACAUGGAUCAACACCUCGCACACGAUACACAGGCCAAGCUUGAGAUGCGGGCAGUAGCGCACCUUGAGGUGGAGCGAGGCGUUCGAAGAAUGCAACAGGCCCACGAGGAGAAAAUAAAAGCCUUUCUACUCAAGGCGCAGGAUAUCAACGAGGACUGCCGCAUCCGCGACAACAAGAUCAAGGAGCUUCAGCAGAUUAGCCACGAUAUGGACGAGGAGAUGGCGCAAGCCCUGACAAAGCGGAAGGAGACAGUCGAACAGGUCAAGAGGGAGGAGAGAGAGGCUUUCCGGAACCAGGAACGGUCUGAGGAACGGUCCAAGAGGCAUGCCUCAUCGAGCGGCCAUUACGGCAGCGCCAGCGGCGACUACAGCAGCGGCGGCGGCGGCGGAGGCCAUAGCAACGGGGGAAUGGGGAUGGGAAUGGGAAUGGUUUCAAGGGUAGGGGACAUGGGUCGCCGCACUCAGUCUUCUUCGGGGGCUUCCUUUUCGCCGCGGGGGGCGUAUGCGGGCAACCGGGUGGCGGGCGGGCGGGGGGGGGAGGGUACAGGAAUUGCGGCGGCGGGGAGAGAUAGGGAGAGUGCGGGGGGGGCGGCGGCUCGGUCCAACGCUCAACCGAAGCCCUUCGAACAGAUCCGGCAGGCUUGCGUCGAAGACACUCUAACGGACUUUUUCGGCUUAUGACGGGGGACGUGUUUGGCUUCUCUCUUUUUGGGCAGGAGGUUUUCGUGUUUUGGGGCAAGUGACGAGAGCCUCCCUGGGGCUUGCAACGCGUACCUCACUUGUCUGUGUGCUUUUUAGUGGUCCCGUGAGUCUUUGCUUUCGAAAGCAGCGGUCUGCGGUCUUGAAGGCGUACAGAAAUGGGGUCCAGGCAGAUGGCUCAACUCCAUCGGGGGGUGCGGCAGCUCUGCUGGGGCCACGGGUCUAUUUCGCCGGAGAAAUGGCGGCCCUGCAAGUGUAGAGUCUACACGGCGGUGUUUUCGUGCGUUUGGACGAUCCAUGUGUCAUUGAAUUUGUUACGUGUGGCAACAACAUUUUUAACAAGAGAUGACCAAGGGGUGGCUCGGUCAUGGGCACGUUUGAUGAAUGCGGAAGUUCGUUGUGAGAAAAUAAUUCGACAGCUCUCCUCAACGGUCUUGCCGGGGUCUUUCGACACUCUAGUUUUCUGCAAGAAAUGUCACAAGACAUAGAUGUCGUAUCGGGCUUCGCGGUGUCGAUUAAGUCUUAAAACAUUACGCUACGCUACGCGACACGGAGGGAUAGAUAUCAUAUCACCUCUUGAUUUGCUGUGGGCAAGGGCCGAGAGUGCUGAUCGUAUGGACACCCCUUUGACUCUUGUUGAGAAUGCCAUGGUUGUCUUCGGGCCUUUUGUCUAGCCUUAUUUUCUGUAGUUUUCAGUUUUUUUUUCGUUGUUGUCGUCGGUGAUGAGCGUAAACGUUGUCGGCCGGUGGACUGCUUUGUUUAUACUUGGUCAAGUAGUUCCCCUGGUGCGAAAAAAAUAUGGCAACCAUAGAAAUGU